AUGGCGGCUUUUGAGUACCUAGAGUCCCUUCGCACUGCGCAUCCGGAGCUUUCGGAGUGGUACAACACGCUUGCAGAUCUCUACCAGCGGAAGCUCUGGCACCAGCUCACGCUCAAGCUUGAACAGUUCGUUGCCCUUCCUGUCUUUCAGGUUUCUGUUCGUCAGCCGUCGGUUUUGUCUAUUGCUCUGUUCAUUGCUUGUCUUGCUCCGGUGAAGCAUUUUUUGUUCGGUUUGUUCACUGCUUGUCUUGCUCCAGUGAAGUAUUUUUUCCAUGAUGGAGGCCUAAGCACAGUAGAAAAUUUGGCAUCAACUGCAAUUUGUGAUAAUGAAGAGAAGACUUGGGACAAAAUCUCUUCUGUGUCUCCGUGUGGUAACACGGAAAACCUACGUGCAUCACAGAGGUUUUCUCCGUGCUGCACGGAGAAGAUUCUCCGUGACGGAGAAGAUUCUCCGACACGUCACGGAGAAGUCUUUUCUGUACUGCGGAGAACAUAA